GUGUGUGCGCAUGUGUGUGUGUGUAUAAUAGACGUGUAAGUGUGUGUCUGUGUAUGUAAUGUAACUGUAUUUGUAAAUGUGCGUGCGUGCGUGGGUGGUGCAUGCCUGCAUACGUGUACGCGUGCGUGCCCUGCUUCAUUCUGUGUGGUGGUGGCUCCCUGUGCACUGCAAAACUGCAGCUGUUCCGAGGUUGCUCGCACCACACACGCUGGACGCGCCCAUCCGUUCACUGCGCGAGCCCUUUUGUCUGCGUUGGCGACGUUGGCACGGCGGCGCGCUUGACUACAUCCUUGCGCCUCUGGUUGAGUCGCUUCACUUUGUGUCUUGGCGACGUUGUGGUGUUUGUGUGUUCGCCCUGAACCACCGAAGCUGCUUGCUAUCCCUCCCUCUCAAGCCUUCAAGCAGCAGUUGCCUGAAACUGCUCUGCUUGCCAACUUCGAAUGUCCUUGGGUUAUGUUACUUUCUCACUUUGAGUUGGCCGCCACAUCCACAGCUACAUCCACAGCCUGAACAGCCUGUCUCCUCAGCCUCAUGCCUUCCAUUCUCCAACCCAUUCUCUUAUCUUGCUGCAUUUGCUUGCACCUUAGCACAGACCUCGCUUCCUCUGCCUGUGUUCCCAUGAAUGAACCAAUAGCUGAAUGGCA